AUGAAGCUUGGAGGCAGUGCGCGGCCACGUUUGAGGGUGGAGAUCCCCGACGAACCUUCAGAUGGCGGUAGCGCAACUGCCGAGUCAAACUCUCCUCGCAACUCAACCGAUACCACAUCCCAGACGACUCGGCGCCACGCAUCCGAUUCGCAGUCUUCAGGCAUGGUGCUGCCGCCGCCAUCUCCGUCAGCCCAAACACUGUUGUCGGCUGGCGCCACGGGCCCGCCAAACCCGUUUGCUCGUCCACCACCGCAGCAAAACAAUAACAUGAAUAUCGACACUCCGGUGUCCGCUCUACCAUCCCGAUUCCUGAACAACGAGUUUUUACCCAGUCCCAGCAGCUUCUACCCGGAAUGGUAUUCGCGCGGUGGUAGCGACAGCAACACGCUGCCUAGCCCGUUGAACUUUGCGACUCCCGUUGUCGGCUCAGGCCCCAGUUUCUUGAGAGACGAUAACACGAGCACGAAGCGCAAGAGUCCCGAGAUCAGCACGAAUGGACCACACGAGGGUCCCGAGGUUGGCAAUGAGCCCAAGAGGGUGCGGGUCGAUUCUUGA